AUGGCUUACAAAAUUCCUCGAAAACACGCACUGCAUAAUAUAAAAAUGAGAGGUGAAAUGUCAUCGGCAGAUAAGACUGCUGCUGAAGAAUUUCUUCCAAAACUAGCCAAAAUAAUUGAAGAAGUCGGUUACAUUUCAGACCAAGUUUUCAACGCAGAUGAAACUGGUCUCUUUUGGGAAAAAAUGCCAAACAGAACGUAUAUAGCAAAAUCAGAGAAAAGUGCUAGUGAUUUUAAAGCAGCUAAAGACCGUAUUGGCAGAGAAGGUUUUGAAGAAUUAACAAUUGAAAAUAUUGCAGAAUUAACAAUUGACGAAGCUCAUAAUGAAGAACAAAUUAUAGAGAGUAUUUCAGAGAAUGUAUAUGAUUCCACGAUUUGGGAUGCCCGUAUACUGAUGGAUGGAAGGGAAACUGAAUGCGAUAUCCCACAAAGAACUGUUCUUGUUUGGAAAGAACUUGAAAGAUACAAUGCCGACAUUACAAAAGAAGAGCAAUGUCGCACUCUCCGAGACCUUAAUCAUUAUGCUGAAUUCGAGAACCGUAUCUCUGAAGAACUGCAGCAAGAACCACCUCCAUCCUCACAAGAAUCUCCUUCCUCAUUGAAGAACAUUGGGUUAACUUAA